CAAAACAAACAGAGCCCCCUGCUCUGUCAGGCCGAGAAAACCGGAGCUGCCUUUCUACUUCCACAAGGAAAUUGAGGCGGGUGAGGGCUGGUUUGGGGGCUCGCUCUGCUGGGGUAUUAACAUGUCCCCCCACCUCUCUGCAUCCCACAGGUCUCCUGCAGGAAUCCUGGGAAUGGGCUCAGCCAUGGGCACGUGGUUGCUGCUCUUGGUGCUGCUGGUGGCGGCCCCGGCAGAGGCGGCGGCGCCGCGGCACCGCCCGGUGCUGCCGGACACGGCGGGCAGCGGGGACGGGGACGAGGCGUCAGCCACGCUGCCCGCCCAGCCCGUGACCCCCCGCAUCAGCCCCACCGUGGGGGACGCGCCGGGGACCACGGUGACCAACAGCUCGGCUCCGGGCGUGCUGGACGGGCUGGUGGACUUCUUCAAGGAGUACCUGCUGCUGGUGGUGGUGGUGGGCUCGCUGUCCUUCGUCCUCCUCUUCAUCAUCUGCGCCGCCGUCAUCGUCCGGCAGAAGCACAAGGCCUCUGCCUACUACCCCUCCUCCUUUCCCAAGAAGAAAUACGUGGACGAGCGGGACAAGGCGGGGGGAGUGCGGGCGUUCAGCGAGGUGCCCGAGAAAAGCCCCGAGGCGGGCGCGGAGGAGCCGCUGGACGGCGGCCGGCAGCUCCAGGCGGAUAUCCUGGCUGCUGCCCAGAACCUCAAAUCCCCCCACAAGGCACCGCUGGCCAACGGGGCCCAGGGCGAGCAGAAUUCCCCUCAGGAGGAGGAGGAGGAAGAGGAGGAAGGAAAGAAGAAGGAGGGGGGUGAGCAACCCAAGCCCGCUGCCCAAAAUCCAGGCGCGGGGGAAGCGGCGAGCGCAGGAAGCAAGGAGACCCCUGAUGCACCCCAGGAUGGCUCCCAGGCUCCCUCUGGAAUCUGAGGCAGGGACACAGUCCCGGGCAAGCCUGAGGAGCUGCUGGCUUGGGACACAGGAUGGACAUGGUGGAUCAGGCUCCGAACGUACGUGGUGGCUCAAGGAAGCCCCGAUGAAGAUCCCAUUCCCUCCCAGCUCCCCCGACCCUGGUGCUGAUGGGAUGCUCAUGGGGGGGAUUUGCCAGCUGGUGGUUUUCCCCAGCACUGGAAUGCUCCCAAGGGGCUUCUCCCACGCCAGGCACUGGGUGGGUGCACCCCCCCAGCUGCAGCUCUGCCCCACUGUGCCAACAGCUUCCUCCCAAAUGUUAUUUUUUUAAUCAGCAGCAGCAGCCUGGUCUGUGGCGGGCUCCUGGCUGGGAGCUGUGUCCCUCUGGGAGAAGGGAUGGGACCAGGGCUGGAUGUCUGUAGGACACAGGGCAGCUUUGCCCAUGGCCAAGGGAAAGAGGGAUGAGGAUUUAGGGACAAGGACCCUCCUUUUCUUCUUCUACCCCAGAGCCCAGCUGGAUUUUUGCCUCACUUCCUGAACCCCUUCAGCUAGAAAUAAACGUUUCCUCCGCACA